CCACCAUCUUUCUCCCGGCAGAGAACGAGCGGGCGGGAAGUUGAACCAGUCGCCAUCCCAUCGCCGAUGCCUUUCUUUUACGGCAACCGCCGAGGCGGCGCUGGAGGUAGCUUCGGCCAUACCUUCCUUCCCACCAGCAACACCAAGCCGAAGAUCCUCCGCAAAUCUUCCGGUACCAGGCGUCGCAACCCCUUCUCACCUUCCUCCACCUUCUUCGCCAUCGGGAUCACCCUCUCUCUUCUCCUCUUCUUCGCCGUCUUCCUACGCUACGGCGUACCAAGUCACCUCUCUUCGUCUUCAUCCUCCUCCUCCUCUUCCAACUUGAAGAACUCCCAGCUUGUACGCCGCCCUUCCAUUCGUCGUUCGACACAUAAAACCGAUGGCUCUGGUGCCGGAGCAGCGAAGAGGAGUGGCGGAGAGAUAUCUGUGGCCAGGGUGGACAUCACGACAAAGGAUCUGUAUGAUCGGAUCGAAUUUCUGGAUAUCGAUGGUGGAGCGUGGAAGCAGGGUUGGCAAGUUAAGUACGAUGGGAAUGAGUGGGAUGAGGAGAAGCUAAAGGUUUUCGUGGUUCCGCACUCGCAUAAUGAUCCCGGGUGGAAGCUGACGGUGGAUGAGUACUAUAAUCGGCAGUCGAGGCAUAUAUUGGACACCAUCGUUGAGUCCCUAUCGAGGGAUGCACGCCGCAAAUUCAUAUGGGAGGAGAUGUCAUACUUGGAAAAAUGGUGGCGGGAUGCGUCAGACCUGAAAAGGGAAAGAUUUACUAAUUUGGUCAAGAAUGGGCAGCUAGAGAUUGUUGGUGGGGGAUGGGUGAUGAAUGAUGAGGUAAGCUUUUCAU